AUGAGUUUCGUCAACAACUCCCGCAUGUCUGUUUAUUCGACCACCUCCAACGCCGCAUCACGCCCCGGCAACACGUCGUCACAGGUGUCUACCACCACCCUCCUCAACAACUUGAACACAUGCUUCAGGACCAACCAGCCUUUCCAUCUCGAGGCGAGCACAAGCCUCGUGGUGAACACAUGGGUCAACGCCCGGAUGAACGUCGACGGCCGCAUUGGUGGUACAAUCGACCUGGAGCUCGGACGAAAGGCAUGGGAGCAUGCUCGUCGCCGUGCGGAAGACGGCUGUAUUGUUUUGGGAUCCCUUCACGAGUCUAGUCCCUCAACGCUUUCGCCCUUCGUCUCGGGAUUACCGCUGGCUGUACCCAUCAGCUUCUGGACCGCACUCGAAGUCGUUCGCGCUUUCACACAUUGCGUCACGCCUCACAACCCUUCGUUCCCCCGUCACUCUGCCCUCGCCACCAUUUUCACCAUCAAUCUGCAGGGUAACCUGGUAAAUGCUGAGAUUCGCCUGUCUACAAGUGGAAUCGACACCCAGAAUGGUCUGCUGAACAUCCCUUCCAAGCCUGGGUAUCGUGCCUUUGACGUUUUCUACUACCUGAACUCAAGCUCAGCCAGCCAUGCGGAGCGAGAGUUUCUUAAUCUGGCACACCCUUCAGAGUACAAGUUCCUGAACAGGUCUGGCACAUACGACCCACCUUCAUAUCUCCCAGAUGUUGACGAUGCCGCUGCCGCAGAGGAUCUUCGUCAGAAUCUCAAAGCCAUUGGUAUCAGAGGCCAGAAGCUGAACAACCUGAUCAGCUGCCUCGCUGGACUACUGAAACUCGGAAACACUAUUGGCUACGAUGUUGACCAGGAUAUGGUACGAGCCCUCUGUGAAGACUGCAGCUCUCUCCUCGACGUCGACCCGUCCUUGCUUGGGCACAAGCUCAGUGACAGUGACCGUGCGACAGCCAUAGGCGGCAUCUACGAGGCCAUUGUCGACUAUGUUGUCAUGCACGCCAACACUACUAUCCAGGAGGACGUGCGGAGCGGUAGAAUGGGCGCUGACAGCGAUGCUGGCCACAUGACACCCCCUUCUGAAGACGAGGAAGGCGACAUCGUCAACAUCACUGUCGUUGAAAUUCCCAGCCAGGCGCUCGGCAAGGCCAUCUCACUACGCACUGUUUUCGAUGAUACCGAGGGAAUCAACUCGGAAAUGAAGGAAGACGGUGUUCAAAUACCUCCUGCGGGAACUUCUGUGUUGGAAGGUAUGCACCAAGCCAUCCAUACUUGUGAGGUUGAACUUGGCGUGGAAGGUCCAGCUCUGCGUGAACAUCGAAUGGAUAUCGAAAGACGCGAGCGAGUUCUGGAGCAAAUUGCGUUGGAGAUUCCGGACGAGGACAACUUCGUUAAGAAGGUUUUGAUGCCCAUUAGCGGUCAGGGUAUUAUCCUCGGCAGCGCAGACGUCAACCGACUAGAUCUGGCUAAUGUUCUGGCGACCAGUAGAGUCUGGUUCCAACUUGCUCUGCACCCCACUGAUACCACUCCUGAGAAGCUUUCACAAGACGUUACCGCGAGCUGGUCAGCUGCGACUGUUUCAAGACAGCUACGAGACUGGAGGUUGCCAGAAUGGGCCAACCGCCGCAAUCGGUCAUCUGACUUCACUGCCGAUUUCGACCAUCACGAGUUCUACGAGCGUUAUCACGUCCUGGGUUGCAUGGACGGCAAGGAUGGCAUUCAAAGCUGGAUCCUACAACGCGGUUGGAGCAAUGGUGAGGUGGUUGUAGGGAGCCAACGCAUCUGGGUUCGCGAAGGCACGUGGUGGGAAGCCGAAAACCAACUAGACCUCAAAGCGCAGGACCUGACGGGCGCAACCAUGCUGGGAAGUAUGGUGGGUGCAGGUGGACUCGAGAGUGGCUAUUCGGCAAACAGUCCUGCCAUGGGAAGCGGCUUUUUCCCACCAUUGCGUGAGGUAAGCCCACAGGCGAGCGCAACGAACAUCUUGCCCACACAGAGCACUGCCACGUUGGGUACAAAGGGCGCAGCUUUCGACGCCAAAUCAAUUGCUCCCACCACCGCACCUACACUUCAAGGUCGUCCCGGAGACUACGGUCUCGGUGCAAAGGGAGACGAAGACAAGGGUGUUACCUAUUAUGACACCGAGACUGGCGGUAACAUGGUCAUUACAGAAACUGCCACGACCGCAACGAGAAAGAUUUGGGUCGCUUUUGUCUGGGCGAUGACUUUCUGGAUUCCUUCACCUCUCCUCAAGUUCGUUGGUCGUAUGAAGCGCCCCGAUGUGCGCAUGGCCUGGCGAGAGAAGCUUGUCCUCGUGAUGCUUAUUCUUCUGAUAAACGCCACCAUCAUCUUCUACAUCAUCGCUUUCGGAAAACUCCUUUGCCCGAAUAAGGACAAAGUCUGGAACCGCAAAGAGGUGGCCACGCACCAGGGAGAGAGUGAUUUCUACGUGAGCCACCAUGGUGUCGUCUACGAUCUGUCCGACUGGUGGAAGGUUCAACAUAGUGACUCCAGGACGAAGGUCACUACAGACAACAUGCAACCUUUGGGUGGUGCCGAUAUGGAUCCGUACAUCCGCCCUCCUCUAUACCUUGCUUGCCCCAACCUGGUCACCAAUUAUCUUAUCACUUUCCAGAAUAACGGCUCGCUUGAAAAUCCCGAAGCCGAGCACUCGUCGGGCAACCGCACAGUCCGGACCGACAGCGACGCUUUGAAACAGAAUGACUGGUACCCCAAUGUUUUCCUCCCCAAGAUCAAGGAAUUCCGGAAAGGUGACCUGGUAUGGGAUACAAAGACUAUUGAAGAUGAAGGGAGGAAUUUGGCACACUAUUGGUUCCGACUAGGCAAUAAGGUCUACGAUCUGAAGGACUAUUUCUACACGCAAGAGUUCAUGGACAACCUUGAAUCCUACAGCUGGUUGGAUCCAGACUUUGAGGAUCUGGUAAAACAAUAUGCUGGCCAGGAUCUCACCGAGCAGUUCCAGAACACCCUUAACAAAACCACCCGAGAGUACACCAUGCAGUGCUUGGAGAACGUCUUCUACGUUGGCAUCACCGAUUUCCGUAAUACACCCCGCUGCAAGGUCAACGACUACAUUCUUCUAGUCGUCACCAUCAUUCUUUGCGCCGUCAUUGUCAUCAAGUUCUUGGCUGCGCUACAGCUCGGUUCCAAACGACGACCUGCCAAUCAGGACAAGUUUGUCAUUUGCCAAGUUCCCGCAUAUACAGAAGGUGAAGACCAGCUCCGAAAGGGCUUAGACUCGCUCACUGCUCUGGCCUACGACAACAAGCGUAAGCUCAUCUGUGUUGUUUGCGACGGUAUGAUCGUUGGCGGUGGCAAUGACCGCCCUACGCCUAAGAUCGUCUUGGAUAUUCUCGGUGUUGAUCCUCGAGUGGAUCCUCCUGCACUUCCCUUCAAAUCGGUCGGCAUGGGUAGCGAGCAGCUCAAUUACGGAAAAGUCUACUCGGGUCUGUACGAAUUCGAAGGCAACGUCGUUCCCUACGUUGUCGUAGUCAAGAUGGGCAAGGAGACCGAGCAAACCAAGUCCAAGCCUGGUAACCGUGGAAAGCGUGACUCGCAGAUUCUGCUCAUGAGCUUCCUCAACCGUGUUCACCAUCGUGCUGCGAUGAACCCCCUCGAAUUGGAGAUGUUCCAUCAAAUCAACAACAUCAUUGGAGUGGAUCCUGAGCUGUAUGAAUACCUUCUCAUGGUUGAUGCCGAUACGAUGGUCAGGCCCGACUCUCUUACCCGACUAGUGGCAAGCUGCGCCAAUGAUUCCAAGAUUGCAGGUAUCUGUGGUGAGACGAGUCUGGAAAACGAAGACAAGUCUUGGUGGACUAUGAUUCAAGUCUAUGAGUACUACAUUUCUCACCACCUGUCCAAGGCCUUUGAGAGUUUGUUCGGCAGUGUCACCUGUUUACCCGGAUGCUUCAGCAUGUACCGACUCCGUACAGCCGAUAAGGGCAAACCGCUCAUCAUCUCUGACCAGGUCAUCAAGGAAUAUUCCGACUGCAUUGUGGACACCCUACACAAGAAGAACCUAUUGUCUCUGGGAGAAGAUCGUUUCCUCACAACCCUCAUGACAAAGCACUUCCCGACCAUGUCAUACAAAUUCGUCCCUGACGCCUACGCUUUUACGGCUGCUCCUGAGUCUUUCAGCAUUCUGCUGUCACAAAGACGUCGUUGGAUCAAUUCUACCAUUCACAAUCUGGCAGAACUGAUGCUGCUCAAGGAUAUGUGCGGUUUCUGCUGCUUCAGCAUGCGUUUCGUCGUGUUCAUUGAUCUCUUCGGUACUGUCAUCCUUCCAUCUAUCUGCGUCUACCUCGUGUACCUCGUCUACAUGAUCGCCUCGAAGACGGGCCAAUUCCCGAUGUUCUCGAUUAUCAUGCUUGCAGCAGUGUACGGUCUGCAAGCCGUCAUCUUUAUCAUCAAGCGACAGUGGCAGCACGUUGGAUGGAUGAUCAUCUAUAUUCUUGCUUUCCCUAUCUACUCUUUCGUUCUGCCGAUCUAUUCUUUCUGGAAGCAGGACGACUUCUCAUGGGGUAACACCCGUGUUGUUAUCGGCGAACAAGGCGGGAACAAGAAGGUUCUCACCACCGAUGACGAAGGCUUCGAUCCCAAGAGCAUUCCUCUCCAGCGAUGGGAUGACUACGCUCUCGCCAACGGUCUUCCUGGACGUCGUGGCUUGGCCGGACAAACCUCUGAAAAGGGUGGCUACAGUGCUUACGAAGACGAAGGAUACGAGAUGAACGACAUGCAGUCCGUAUACUCUUCUGUUAAGCCGGCAUCCACCAUUAUGUCCAACAUGCACCAUAUCUCGCACAUGCCUCCAAGCCAGUCACCCGGACCGUACCACGGCAUGCAGGCUCGCCAGUCGUCGUACUCGAACUUCUCUCGCUACCAGGACAACCCCCAGAACGGCCAGAACGGCCGUCUGAUGUCUAUGGGCGCGAUGAGCGAUCACUACGACCAGUCACCGUACAGCAGCCGACCCAAUAUGGGCGGCUUCCAGAGCUCCGACAACCUUAUGACUGCUACGCCGCCUGUUCGGGGACGCAGUCCUCUCGGAUACGCGCAGUCUCGCCCGGGCAGCACCGUGAACUUCCAGGGCAUGAUGAACGGUCCAAGCGACGCGACCAUCAUCGAAACCGUUCAGCACUGCCUAAGGGAAGCGGAUCUUGAUCGCGUCACGAAGAAGCAGCUCGUCGCGCUGGCUGAACAGCGCCUCCAAACACAACUCACAGGCGAGAGGCGAAUCUUCCUCAACCAGCAGAUCGACCUCGAGCUUGCGAACAUGGUUUAA